AUGGUGAUUUUUCGCAGGGAUCUGGACGAGAUCACGUUGGAAGAAGAGCUCAAUGAUGCUCUGAAGUCACAGUGUAACCUGGGCGAGGUGCAUAUAGCAAUCCGAAUAAAGAAAGCGUUCGUAAGAACACAAACAGCGUUAAUUCGUCUGCCAGAAACCGCUGCUAACAUGGCUCUAGCGGUAGGCAAACUGACUGUUGGAUGGUCUAAAUGCCCAUUGAAAACCGCCUCGCCAGUGAAUAAACAAGCGGAGAGAUGCUACAAAUCUUUGGGCUUCGGACACCGGGCAGGGGCUUGUAAAGGUCCAGACAGAUCCAACAUGUGUUGGAAAUGCGGGGAAAUAGGUCAUUCUGCAAAAGACUGCAGGCAGCGACCCAAGUGCACUCUGGAGGAUGGAAAUGACCAUCAGACGGGUGGCUACAAAUGCCCUGUGCUGCUUGUCUCAGAGCCAGGAGGCGGGCACAGAGAGUGA